CCGUCUGACCCAGUGAAAGACACAACUCCAUCGAAAAUAUGAUGAAGACCCAAAGGAUAGUUAUAAGUGUUCUUUUGGUUGCGGUAAUGGCGCAUCUGAUGAUAAUGACAGAACCAACUGAAGCUUUCACUUGUUUGGAUGUGGCUCCGAACUUAGCUGCUUGUAUUAGUUACUUGUCUGGUAUAGAUUCAAGGCCAUCACAGAUUUGUUGCGGCGGAGUUACAAGGGUAAGGGGAAUGUGUGUGACUACAGGCGACAGACGUCUUGCCUGCAACUGCAUCAAAGGAGUAGCUACCCGCAUCAGUGUCAUCAAAGAAAGUGCUGUUGCUUCUCUUCCCAUUGCUUGCAACCAACCUCUUCCCUUCCCUAUCUCUACCUCGUUCGACUGCGACUCGAUUCCGUAGGCUGUAGGAUAAGCAAAAUAAAGGGGGAGAGGACACCUACUAAUAGCCCCCUAACAUCUCUAUGGCGGAUAAAUAAGCAGCAGUAGAAAGAUAAAUAGCUUCUAAGCCAGAAUGUCGUUUGUGCCCGGAUCAUAAGACAGCGCCAGGAAAAUGUGCUUCAAUUUUUAAUCUUGCACUGAAACUGUAGUUAUGUUCUACGUCUGUCAAAUGUCCAGUCUUUAUUAGAAAUCAACAUAAUUUAAUGCUCAAUGGAACCCUUUAUAAAUUCAGAUUGCUCCCUCACUAAAUCAAGUAAGAGCUUGUAUAUGAUCUUGGUUGACCAGAAUGAAUCAAAUUGCUCA